CCCCCAGCGCGAGCCACAAACGGAGCCUUGGUAAGCGAAUCCAGUCGCUUAGAUGGCAAGUCGCUGACGAGCUAAGUUCGCCUUCUUCCUACGCUCUAGCCUGAACCGCUGCAGGCGUUUGUCGAUCAAUUUGACCAGAAAAGUAAACAGACCCUCGCAGGACUGUCCGAGCAGUUGCACACCGGUACUCAGGAGGUGAAUUUACUCGCGAACGCGCUCAAGGAUCUGACAGUGGCUGUACCAACGUUAUACUCCGGCUGUCCAGAUACAAGUCGAACUUGUAGUCGCCAUGUCACAAGGAACACAGAAAGAUCGUGAUAAACCAGCGUAUACAGAACAGGAAAUUGAACGAGGCGAUGGAACGUUGUGAUAUGCAGGGCAAUCAUAUCAUCAACACCGCUUAUGCAUCGGGGGUUUCGACACAGACACGGUCUACCCCUGCGUAUUCACAACCAUUCGGAUAUCCGCCGGCAUCCACCGGAUCUGCGGAUACCGAUCGCUCAACACCCCCUCAAAGCAAUUACUCGCAUCGGAACGGUGAAGCUGAUGAUCUGGCUCGUCAGCCUUAUGACCGCAAUCAGACCGCAUACACACAGUUGGACCGUUCUCAAUGGUCUAUGAAGCACCCACACGCUCUACCCGAGAUCAGUGUCAAUGAUCCCGCUGUUGAUGAAGCGCAUCCGCCAUCACUUCGCGCUGUGACUGAUGCCGUUGCUCGUCCGCCGAUUGCGUACAUAUCGUGGAAAGAGCCUAGAGAACUGGAAGACUUUUCAAGACGAUUCGACGGCGCCAGCUCAGAGCUCCUCGCACAGUUCGAUAAAUACGACUACUACAAUCGUCUUGCUCUACUACAGAGCGUGAAGGAUGCUUACGAGAGGAAAACCUCGUUCACGCUAGGCGGUGACUCCCAAUUCGAGUGCAGGGAAUGUGUUGGGUACGGCCGAGGGAAGAACCGCUGCCCCUCGGUGGUGCUUCGAGACUCGGGAAACGCGUCAGACCGAUGCGACGAGUGUGGUAAGCUACACAGGUUGCACGAACAGUGGAUCGAUAGACGAAAGAAGCGGGAAACGAGCUGAGACUAUUGUAUCUCGAGAAGUCGGAUGUAUGGAACUUUGUACUAGAAAUACUUGAUAGACAGU